AUGGCCGACGUCGAGAUGGCGGAUGCCCCAACGACUGGCAAGAAGACCGAGAUCGAGGCCAGAAAGAAGUUCGAGGUCAAAAAGUGGAAUGCGGUCGCUCUGUGGGCGUGGGACAUUGUCGUGGACAACUGUGCUAUUUGCCGAAACCACAUCAUGGAUCUAUGUAUCGAAUGCCAGGCCAACCAAGCCUCCGCGACCAGCGAGGAAUGCACAGUUGCCUGGGGCAUUUGCAACCAUGCCUUCCACUUCCACUGCAUCUCCCGAUGGCUCAAAGCCCGAUCCGUCUGCCCGCUCGACAAUCGUGACUGGGAGUUCCAGAAGUACGGACGCUGA